UAAUCCAAUCCCUAAUUUUCAAACAAAUUUAAACCUAAACUCAUUGAAAUUUUAAAAAAAUGGUUGAUUCAUCAGAGAAACAACAACAACAAUCGACAAACAAUGUAGAUGUGGAGAUGGAUGAGAUGGAGAAUUCAAAUCAAUUAGACGAAACAUCGUCGUCGUCUUCAUCAAACAAUGAUUUAUACGACGAUGUUUUAUCAAACGCUGGAGAAACGAAUGUUCUUCAGUGGCUUUUAGCUUUAGAUUUGCAGGUUAUGGGAGCUUGUAGAGCUGAUGAAAGGCUAAAGCCGUUGUUGAAGCUUAAUGUUUCUGCUGGUGCUGCUCAAGAUCGAUUGCUUGCUCAUCUUAGUCAAAACUUUGAGCCAUCAGAAGUUGGAAUACUCGCCAGGUGCUUGUGCAUUCCACUCGUUUCAAUGCGUGUCGGGAAGAUCCAGAAGCAGGGGACGCUCUUGUGCCCAACUGCUACAAGGGGAAACUUAAACCUUGCAAUUCUGCCAACAUCGAACUUGCGCAUCUCAUUCAUUGGGGAUGACGGCAGCACAGAGAGAGUUGGAACAUUUUGCAGUGAAUCUGAUUGUUCUGCCAUAGAGAUUAAAGAUAUUGUGGCAGACGAGUCUGGACGCUCUUUUCUUAUAAGUAUCCCUGGUGGUGAGACUUUCUACUUUUGGUGUUCAGAGAAGUCUAAGCUUCUUGGCGAUGAGUUGCGGAGAAAGAUGAGGGAUUUGGUUAAGAUGAAACCUUCCUUGGCUGAAUUAACUGGAAUCGAUGCAUCACGGAUUGAUUGUUUUGCCAUUCAUCUUCGAGCUUAUCUCCAUGGUUCAGCAGCCAUAAAUCCUCAAGCAAGUUCCAUGAUGUCAAGAGAUCCUUCCAUAGAUGGCUCUGUUAGUUCUUCAGAACUCGGUCUUGAUGCCCAGAUAUCAGUUGCAUUCCAGAAACCUCUGCGGUCUGAGCACUUUGGUGGCCUAGGAUCAAACACCAGCCUGAUGUGUAGCCUUAGUCCUAUGUCUACUGGUGCUUUUAAAGAUAGCGUGCUCAGGAACUCAUCGUCAGUAAGUGUUUCUAGAGAGAGGCCAAGGCACGAUGGUGAUAGCUAUCUUUCAUGUGUGGAUAGCCAGAUUUCAGGCACAAGUAGCAUAGGUGCACCUAAUUCAACUCAUGAUGAAGACAACGACAAGCUUGGAAGGGAAACUGGUCCUUCAAAUGUUUUGGAACCAUUUGUUGCUGCCCCGCCUUUCCAAGGCUCUGCAGCUACUGUUCAUUCUCUGGAUUCAGCAGUUUUCUCUCCGUAUUACUGUUGGUGUCCUCCUGCUGUAUCCACUCUGCAGUACUCAGUUGGAAGUCCACAUUUCCCUAUCCUGUCCACAGACUCGUCAAUACCACUACUUCCUUCAAUAGCACCUUCUGCUUGUUCAUCUGGUAUUUUGACACCAAUGCCAUCUCUUGUCAGUGAUGUCUCCACUCUAGAUUUCCCACCUCUUUUGCCUGAGCCAUUGAUCAGGUUGCCAUUUUCUUUGGCAACUUCGCAGCAAAUACCUACUUUCACACCUUUAGUAGGCGAUUCUAUAGUCCAUAUUCCAGUUAUUGACGUUUGCUCUUCUGGCCAAGGUUACUUCGUCAGUGCAGGUCCUGCUAUCUCUGGCAGUAUUCCACAGUUGCAUCCAAAUUUGGUGAAUCCCUUAAUUCCACAAACAGAAUCAAUGGCUGAGAAAAGUGCCAGGGAUACUCUUCGGUUGCUCAUAAAUAACUCCAACCAGCCUAGCCCACAGCUGAUUGAUCUACUGCCCCCUAUGCUUUCUCGUAGUGGGGAAGAGGCGCGAAAUAUGCUGGCUACUGGAAGCAGAGGACUUUACUCCAAUCUACUGCCUCCUAUGCUUUCUCGUAGUGGUGAAGAGACACGAAAUAUGCUGGUUACUGGAAGCAGAGGACUUUACUCUAGAACCAUAGGUGUUGAUACCACCAUAGCAAAUGAUUUUGCAAUUAAGAGUUUGGUCUCACUAUCUGAAAAGCCUAUUGGAUGGCUUGAUAAGAAGCAAAUUGGUAUACAAGAGUUGUUUGUUCCGAGGGACAAACCGGGUAGUUCUGGUGAAUCUUCACUGGGUGAUGGUUUUUUAGAUUUUGAAGAGGAAAGAAAGAAUUGAUAGACAGAGUUCUCUUGUUUGCUUUUGUGUUUUGCAAGUUGUGCCGCAAAAAGCUGUGAAUAUUUUCUAUGUAGCUUUGUACUGUCAAAUGUAAUUAGUACCAAGUCUCUCCAUAUCAAUAUAACCUUUCUAUGGUUAUCUGAUAUCUGAUGUAUGUUUGUGUGCUUGUUGGAUGCAAAAUAAAAUAUCCGUAUAGGUGCGAAAGA